CUAUUUCGCAGACACGAAAACAGGCGUGCCUAAGCAUGCACGAUCUUAUUCACUCGAGCAAUUCUGCUCCCGGACGGGUGGCAACUGCGCGUCAAGCGAGAGUAACACGGAAGCAAGGCGGCUACGCGCUUUCGCUCAACAAAAAGCAUGCAGCUGUACAACGCUAUUGUCUGCAAGGGUGUAAUAUGCCUGAGACGGUCUUGAACACAGCCGGGACAGCGUGUACACGCGUUGAGGGUUUAUGACUGCCGCCACCGCGUGCCACUGACCUUUCGUUCAAUCAGUAUGGCACAAUUCGUCCUUGCGAGGGCUACGCCCAACGACAUGGCGGAACUGGUUCAGGUGCAGUAUGAGGCGUUCAAGCCCAAAUACGUUCGAGAGCUAUUCAUGGGCUGCAGAGACACCGAUGAUCUACCAAAACUUGCGAAAAAGUAUGCCGAGGACAUGGCCCAGGAUCCAACCGAUCUCUGGAUCAAGGUCACUGAUUUGACCACUGGGGAAAUUGUGGCAGCAAGCAAUUGGAGGCUAUCUCUUGCAUCAUCGAACGUGCAGCCUCGCGGAAUAGAUGAGCCGAUGCCAUGGGUUGACGGCGAGCUUGCUGCUGAGGCCAAAGAGAUCAUGGAACCAAUGAACAAAACGAGAAUCGAGAACAACGCAGAGCCGUUCAUUCAUCUCCACAUUCUGUUUACAUCGCCGGAACACGUUCGCCGCGGCAUCGGGAGCAUGAUGAUGCGAUGGGGUUGUGAGCUGGCCGAUCUACUGUUCAUACCGGCCUGGAUUGAGGCCAGUGCUGAAGGCAAUUUCUUGUAUAAGAGGUUUGGCUUUUACGAUCAACAGCAGCUCACACAUAAAGGUGAAGUAACGGGCACAUGCAUGAGGCGCGAUGCUCGCUCCAAUGCUGGUGUUGUGAGUCCUGCAAAUCGACAGGAAGGCGGCAUCGACUUUGGAGUGCUUUAAGUGAGCGAGAAAUUCGACAAUGACGGCGCGACCGAAUCCGAUGACCAGCAGUACCGGUCUGUCAACAAUGUCCACUAUGUUCAACUGUCGCAUAUCGCGGGAAUGGUCUAUCCUUCCGGUUGCAUGGAGCCACGUCACCACUCUAACUACACCCCACCAUACUUCUGCGUUGACUCGAGGUCAGUCGCCUCAGAGAGUGGCGCGACCACAGAGAUGCAUACUGUACAAUACAAUUAUUCACAGCCACGACAUGUCUACUCGUCCC